GAAGUGAGCAUCGUAGGACGUGGAUUCGCCCACCUGGAAUGAAGGUUCCGCCUUCCGCGACUGGGGCAGUAUUGACAUUAAUGAUGGCGGCGGUGGAUAAGUCGCCUUCUGAUUUGACUGAUAAAGAAACCAGAGAAAAGCUGUCUCUUUGGGAUCGUCGCACAGAUCCCAUGGCUCCGUUGACAGAGAGGCAGACGGACUCAAUCAUGGAGAUCCGCGCAGCCGCCGAAACGCUUCCAAUUCCCUCGGAGCUGCCCAUUGAGGACUUGUGUAGCCUAACGUCCCGCGCUCUGCACUCCCCAUUCACGACCACAGUGCCGGCGUCUACCGAGGACAUCCUACUGAAGGGCUUUCAGUCGCUCGACAUGGAAAGCGAUAGGAUAGAGACGGCUCAGCAGUUUUUUUCCUGGUUUUCAAAGUUGCAGUCACAGAUGGAUCGGGACGAAGGAGAAAAGUACAGAACAACGAGGGAUGACCUGAGUGGGUACCAGGAGCAGUGCGAUGCCAUCUUGGCCGAUGUGGACGCCGCCCUGCAGCACCUGGACUCCCUUCAAAAGCAGUACCUGUUUGUGUCCACCAAGACGGGCACACUUCACGAAGCAUGCGAGCGGCUGCUGUUGGAGCAGUCUGAGUUGGUGGACCUGGCAGAGAGCAUACAGCAGAAGCUGUCCUACUUCAAUGAGCUGGAGAACAUCAACACGAGGCUGAACUCCUCCACUUUGUCUGUGAACAGUGAGGGUUUUAUUCCAAUGCUCUCCAAAUUGGAUGAUUGUAUAGAAUACGUUUCCUCGCAUCCAAACUUCAAAGACUAUCCAGCCUACAUGGUGAAGUUUAAGCAGUGUCUCUCCAAGGCCAUGUUCCUCAUGAAGAGCCACACUGUGAAUACGCUGCAGAAUCUCACCAGCCAGCUGAUGAAGCGGGAGCCUCUGGGUGCAGCCAGUGUGGAUAACGCCUUCACUCUGUACUACGUGAAAUUCAGGGCGGCCGCCCCCAAAGUGAAAACGCUGAUAGAGCAGAUAGAGCAGAGGUCAGAGAAGAUACCUGAGUAUCAGCAGCUGCUGGGGGAGAUUCACCAGUGCUACCUGGACCAGAGGCAGGUUCUUCUGGCCCCAAGCAUCAGUUCCACCAUCACAGACCUCACCAGCCAGAACAACAAGGACCACUGUGCAUUGGUCCGCAGCGGUUGUGCCUUCAUGCUCCAUGUGUGUCAGGACGAACAUCAGCUUUACAGCGAGUUCUUCUCCAAACCCACACCGAAGCUGGAUGAGCUCCUGGAAAGGCUCUGCCUGUCCCUAUAUGAUGUGCUUCGGCCUCUCAUCAUCCACGUCAUCCAUCUGGAGACCCUCUCGGAGCUGUGUGGGAUCCUCAAGAAUGAGAUGCUGGAGGAUCAUGUGCAAAAUAAUGUUGUGCAGCUGGGGGCCUUUGAGGCGGUGGUGAAGCAGAUGCUGGAGGACGUGCAGGAGCGCCUGGUCUACAGGACGCACAUCUACAUCCAGACCGACAUCACUGGCUACAACCCCGCGCCAGGAGAUCUGGCCUAUCCAGACAAGCUGGAAAUGAUGGAGAAAAUCGCCCAGAGCCUGAAGGAGGAGCAGAUGAAGCUCACCGCAACAGAUCAGUCCUUUUCAGAUGUGCAGCUGGAAGAUCUGGAAGCGAGGAAAGCCACCAGUCCCGCGAGCACAGGAGCCUCGCGGCCGCAGGGCUCUAUCUCACCGGCCGACCUGCAUGGCAUGUGGUACCCAACAGUGAGGCGCACCCUGGUCUGUCUCUCCAAGCUGUACCGCUGCAUCGACAGAGCAGUCUUCCAGGGCUUAUCACAGGAGGCACUAUCCGCCUGCAUACAAUCCCUGCUGAAGGCCGCAGACAUCAUCAUGAAGAACAAGCAGACGCAGAUCGACGGACAGCUCUUCCUCAUCAAACACCUGCUCAUCCUGCGUGAGCAGAUCGCUCCUUUCCACACUGACUUUGCCAUCAAGGAAAUUUCCCUGGACCUGAAGAAAACCAGAGAUGCUGCAUUCAAAAUCCUGAAUCCCAAGAAGGUCCCCAGUUUCUUCAGACUCAACAGUAAUAACGCUAUCCUUGAAUUCCUAUUAGAGGGAACACCAGAGAUCAGGGAGCACUACAUCGACUCCAAGAAGGAGGUAGACAGGCACCUCAAGUCCAGCUGUGAGCAGUUCAUCCAGCAGCAGACCCAGCUCUUCGUGGCUGGUCUGGAGGACUUUCUGGCCAAGGUUGCGGCCCUCAAAACCAUGGCAAUUCAAGGGGGACCCACGUAUAACCUGUCUAAGCAGCCCUGGGCACAGCCAGCUAAGAUCAACGACGUCGUGAUGGCCACCUACCGGGUGAUGAAGACCAAGCUGCCCGCAACGCUCCAGAGCAUGUCCUUGUAUCUGGCCAAUAAGGACACAGAGUUCAUCCUCUUCAAGCCAGUCAGGAGUAACAUCCAGCAGGUGUUCCAGAGACUCCAUGGCCUGCUUCAGGAGGAAUACAGUGGGGAGGACCUCCAGAUCAUAGCCUGUCCGUCGAUGGAACAAGUAAUUCCCUGUGUAUUCUGGCCAGAGAGCCCCGUCUUACUGAGUCAUUCAGUGAUGCUUAUCUUCCAGGAAAGCUGCAUGCGUGUUUGAUUUCAUAAGGGUAUGUAAUUGAUGAGUGCAUCCUAGGUAAAAAAAAAUGUAUGGGUUUUUCUCGUACAGGUUAACCUGCUGCUGUCGGUGAACAAAUAAAAGCCCCCCUCCUGACCCCACCCCCAAGAUGGUGGGAGGGGCCUGAGGUGAGAGUGCCCUCCAGGCAGGAAAAGCCGGGCUUCCCUUCGGCGGUGUUGGCCCGUUGUGGUCUUGGGCCUCAAGGACAGGCCCUCCGUGACAGACGACAUUUGGGUUGCGGUGCUGCUAAGUGGAGCCUCGUGGUUCAGGGUACAUUCACCUCAGGGAAAAAAAAAAAAGAAAGAAAAACCAAACUUUUUUUUUUUUUAUUUCGUUUUAAUUUCACGGUGGAAGUGUUUAAUCUGCAGCCACACCGUUGACGCAUUCAGCACCCUCGUUCAGCAGGGGUAACACUUGAGAAAGUAAGCUGCAGUGAUGUGGGACCUGCUUUUACCACAGCAUUAGUGAGACUCACUCUAAGGAGUGACAUGACAGGCGGCGGAAGAUUCUGCUAGUCGUGUGACUCCACAUUCAAACCGUAGCAGUGACUGGCUGGCUUCCGUAGCACUGGGUAAUAGUUUUUCUGUUGUGUGGGGGUUUAACUGGACUUAAAUGGGGAGAAAUUAAUAUGGUGUUUUUAUUACUAUCUCAAUUUUCAAUUUCACUGUUAACCUCCUUUUUGUUUAAGGGGUAUUCUUUUUAUUUUCUGUCCAUUUUCUCAUUUAUCUUUUCCGAUCAUAUUUGUUUCUGUGCCUUCCGUAUGCCUCUGUUACACCCUGCAGUGUACGCAUACGCCCUGUUGCCCUUAAGUUCUCCACGCUGUGUCAAUUGGAUGAAAGUAACAGCAAAUGAAAGCCAAGUUAACACACAGGAGUCCUGCUUAGUGUAGGGUUAUAGGGUUAGACCCAGGUCCAAAAUAAUCCCAUACAGUAAUAUUGUUAUACUUCAUGUAAGGGCAACUGACUGGCUUCAUUGAAAUUGGGCGGGGGGUUCCCUUCUCCAUGGCAUUUUCCCCCAUAUUUGACAUUUUUUUUGUUAUUUUGAGAUGGGAAUAUUUGGUAUUUUUUAUCGUACACUGUUUCUGAUCAAUAGAUUAUGAUCCAAAUCUGUUUGAAAUGGGUAAUUAAGCAUCGCAUAGUUUCAUUGAGGAAAUGAAGAGAUAGGAAUACUAGAAUUUCUACAAUUUUUAUAUUGUAAAACCUAUGCAAGAUAUAGAAAAUAUACCUGACAAUAUGCUCAUGUUUUGAGAGUAGUGACACAUUUCGAUUUUAUCCCUCUGGCCACAGAAUGACAUUUGUAGUGUAUGGAAUUCAUGCCCCCUAACCCCUCAUUUGACAUUGAAUGUCUUGUGUGUUGUGUGAAAGGAGGGUUAGACCUGUCUGAAUGCUUGUCAGACAUCCUCUAAGGCAGUGUUUCCCAAGCCGGUCCUCAGGGACCCCCAGACGGUUUGCGUUUUUGCUCCCUUCCCGCCCCCGGUACAGAAAUGUGAACUGCCUGGGGGUCCCCGAGGCCUGGGUUGGGAAACGCUGCUCUAAGGCACAAAGCACUUUGCCAAAGCUGUAAAAAGCCAGGCACUGACUCUUUCUGGAGCCUCCCUGUUCACUUUUGAUGCGCAGGGUGUGACAACACUCCUAGCAUGCAUUCCUCUGUGUUCUCGCCUCCUUCCUGCCUGUUCUGUUUUACGGUAACUCCCUCAUAAUGUCACUCAGCCCUAAUAUUCACAAUAAUAUUCUUUAACAGUAUGAGCUCCAGUGUGAAUCUCAAGGAUGUAUAAUGAUUAAAUGAGAUUUGAAGUAUGAUGAAUCACCAAUAUAAAUAGCUUAAUAUGGAUUUAAAUUCGCAAGCUUCUUCAUGUAUAACUGUGUGUAUAUAACUGUAAACUCUGAAAAUUCAUAGUAAUUUAAUAAACCCUGAUUUUCUCCAA